AUGGCGACUGUCAUUCACAACCCCCUGAAAGCGCUCGGGGACCAGUUCUACAAGGAAGCCAUUGAGCACUGUCGGAGUUACAACUCGCGGCUGUGCGCAGAGCGCAGCGUGCGGCUCCCCUUCCUGGACUCGCAGACCGGGGUGGCCCAGAACAACUGCUACAUCUGGAUGGAGAAGAGGCACCGAGGCCCAGGCCUCGCCCCAGGCCAGCUGUAUACAUACCCUGCGCGCUGCUGGCGCAAGAAGAGACGAUUGCACCCGCCGGAGGAUCCAAAACUGCGGCUGCUGGAAAUAAAACCUGAAGUAGAGCUGCCCUUGAAGAAAGAUGGCUUCACCUCAGAGAGCACCACGCUGGAAGCCUUGCUCCGCGGUGAGGGGGUUGAGAAGAAGGUGGAUGCCAGAGAAGAGGAGAGCGUCCAGGAAAUACAGAGGGUUUUGGAAAAUGAUGAAAAUGUCGAAGAAGGGAAUGAAGAAGAGGAUUUAGAAGAAGAUAUUCCCAAGCGAAAGAAUAGGACCAGAGGACGGGCUCGAGGCUCUGCAGGUGGCAGGAGGAGGCACGACGCCGCCUCUCAGGAAGACCACGACAAGCCUUACGUCUGUGACAUCUGUGGCAAGCGCUACAAGAACCGGCCAGGACUCAGCUACCACUAUGCUCACACUCACCUGGCCAGCGAGGAGGGGGAUGAAGCUCAAGAUCAGGAGACCCGGUCCCCACCUAACCACAGAAAUGAGAACCACAGACCCCAGAAAGGACCGGAUGGUACAGUCAUUCCCAAUAACUACUGUGACUUCUGCUUGGGGGGCUCUAACAUGAACAAGAAGAGUGGGCGGCCCGAAGAGCUGGUGUCCUGUGCAGACUGUGGACGCUCUGGUCACCCGACCUGCCUGCAGUUCACCCUGAACAUGACUGAGGCCGUCAAGACGUACAAGUGGCAGUGCAUAGAGUGCAAGUCCUGCAUCCUCUGUGGGACCUCCGAGAAUGACGACCAGCUACUCUUCUGCGAUGACUGUGACCGUGGCUAUCACAUGUACUGUCUAAACCCCCCAGUGGCUGAGCCCCCAGAAGGAAGCUGGAGCUGCCACUUAUGCUGGGAACUGCUCAAAGAGAAGGCCUCGGCCUUUGGCUGCCAGGCCUAGGGCCCAGGUCACAGAAUGUGACUUGCUGUUGGAGAGGCUGAGCCAGAGCCUAGUUCAAACCAGAUCGAGCCCUCCUCCCACUCAUCCAGACAGACCAAUGUAAGGAAAAUAAAUAGUCACAGAGGGGCAUGGACACAUGGAACCAAGAGGGCGAGGUACCAGUCACCUCCCCCACUCCACGUACGGUACUGCAGCCAGCACCUCCUUGCUUCUACCAGAGGAUCUUGCACUUUUGAAGAACCACCUCAGCCCCAGCCCAGUGGAGCCCCUCUCACUCUUACCCUGGCACUGUGGCCCUCGCACUGGUUCCCACUUUAAGGGAAGCCAUUUUGUGACCACUCAUCAGUUAUUUGUGUGUAGUUUGGUGUUUUUUAAUCUAUUGUGUUCCAAGAAACCUUCACACAGUCUCCUCACCCCCAGCUUAGACUCUUCAUCCUAAACUCUCCUCAGAGGAACAAAAAGCUGUGGAGAUGUUAUUAUUUCUUACAAGCCUUACUGGAAGCUUCUAGACUUGGAACCUAGGGGCCAUUUUGAAGAUGGAACCUUGAAACCCCUUUUUGUUCCUUGGUCUCUGUGGAGAGGAAGAGUUGCUUUCCAGAACCCCAGCCAGGGUGGGCCUUGAUAC